AUAAACUCGCGUUAUGCAUAAAUUGCUUAUUUAGUCAUAAUGGAAAUGCUUGCAAUUCCAAUAAAACAUGUCAGAAAUGCUCAGGUCAACAUAACACAUUAUUACACGAGGCGUGUGUAAAAAGUGCAACUACAGCGACUCAGUCAUCGACCUCAACAUAUGCAACGAAUGCAAUUACUUCGAAUAAACAGAUGGAAUACGUAACAAACAUUUCACAGACUUCAUUCUGUGAAACUUUACUAGCUACCGCCAUACUGAAAGUGCAGGCAGCGGAUGGCACAUAUCACACAUUUCGGGCCCUGGUAGACCCAGGAAGCCAAAUUUCACUUAUAACAGAACGGGCCGCUCAGAUACUUAACUUAAAACGAGAUAAGUGUUCUGGCGUCAUCUAUGGAUUAGGAGAGAAAGAAAACGACUGUAAGGGCAAACUGAAAAUACAAUGUAAGUCGAUGUACAAUGAUUUCACAUUUAAUGCGAAAGUUUUUAUCAUGAACAAAGUUGUGAAAUGCCUACCGGGCGAAACAUUCUCAAAGCCUUCGUGGUCCAUGAUACGGAAUCUUAACUUGGCCGACCCAGACUUCAACGUUAGUCGUCCAGUAGAUCUGCUUCUAGGAUCAGUUAUAAACGCUCAGAUAAUCUUAGAUGGUAAAAUAAGGGGUGAAAAUGAGUUGCAGCCUCUCGCGCAAGAGAGCCAACUCGGAUGGCUUUUAAGCGGAAACGACGAAGAAGAACUAGAAACCUACCAUUGUAACAUAAUCAUAAACAACUUAGAAGAGAUACAACAGUUUUGGGAAGUGGAAGACAUAACAGAAGAAGGCAAUCUGUCACAGGAAGAUUUGGAAUGCAUAAAACACUUUGAAGAAAACACAAAGAGAACAGUGGACGGCAGAUACGAAGUGCGCAUUCCCAUGAAACCAAACUUUCAAGAAAAGUUAGGCGACUCUAAAACAAAAGCGAUAGCUCAAUUCAAGCACAUGGAAAAGAAGCUCCAGAACCAAAGCAAGCUAGCUGAAGCAUACAAAGCCUUCAUGAAGGAAUACAGCGACUUAGGGCAUAUGAAACCUGCCGUAAGCAACAACAAGGUGGAGUGUUACUAUCCUCAUCACAUUGUGGAACGCGCAGAAUCACUUUCUACCAAGUAUAGAGUCGUGUAUAAUGCUUCCAGCAAAACAUCAACAGGAUACUCACUAAACGACUUAAUGUACAGGGGCCCAAAUUUACAAAAAGAUUUACAAACACUAUUAUUAAAAUGGAGGCAAUACGAGUUUGUGUUUUGCGCUGACCUAGAAAAAAUGUUCCGUCAGAUCCUAGUGCAUGAAGACGACCAACCCCUUCAAAAAAUCAUUUGGAGAGACGAAGAUGGGACACUACGAUCAUUUCAACUUACAACAGUUACAUACGGAACAAAAAGUGCAAGCUUUUUGGCCAUGAUGACGCUAAAGAGCCUAGCACGUGACGAGCGGGAAAACUACCCAGAAGCGUCGAAAGUCUUGGAAGAAUCAUUCUACAUGGAUGACCUGGUACAUGGUGCGCACUCCAUAGAACAAUCUAUAAAAAUAAUUAACAACAUAACAGAUCUAUUAAAAACAGCAGGAUUUAAUUUGCGAAAAUGGUCUUCAAACAAACAAGAAGUAUUGCAACAUAUACAAAACAACCAAGAAAACCAAAACCUGCUAAUAAAUUUUAAACAAGAUGACAUAUCGAAAACACUCGGUUUAUGUUGGAAUCCAGCAGAAGACAUUUUUACAUUUCAAUGUAAAAUUGAGAAACAGAAAAACAAACCAACAAAAAGAAUUCUCCUAUCAGACAUUUCCAAGCUAUUUGACCCACUAGGCUGGCUUGCACCGCUUAGCACCAAACUCAAAAUUUUAUUCCAAAAAGUGUGGAAACAAAACGUUCAAUGGGAUCAAACUAUACCAGAAGAGAUAUACAUGGAAUGGUCCAAAAUACAGGAAGACAUUCACCUAAUUAAUGAAUGUAAAAUACCCAGAUGGCUAUUAUGUAAACAGAAUGACAUAAUUCAACUGCACGGGUACUGUGACGCAUCACUGGAAGCCUACGCCUGUGUAGUAUAUGCACGGAUUAAAGAUCAAACAAAACCAAUUCUCGUCGCAGCGAAAACAAAAAUCGUUUCACACAAGAAACAAUUAACACUUCCAAAGCUCGAAUUAAGUGGAGCACAUCUUCUUUCGAAGCUAAUGGCAAAAAUAAAAACAUCUUUACAACAACAUACAGUGGAGACAUUUGGCUGGUGUGAUUAUAAAAUCGUCCUUGGAUGGUUGCAAGGUCAACCAAGCCGUUGGAAGCCAUUUGUCGCAAAUCGCGUACAACAAAUAAAGCAGGUGAUGCCCGAAGAACAAUGGCGCUAUGUAAAAUCACAAGAGAAUCCCGCGGAUGCUGCAAGCAGAGGACAAACAGCAUCUCAAUUAAAAGACAACUCUCUAUGGUGGUCAGGGCCGACUUGGUUAGCUGAUUUCCAGCCAGAACUUGAACGUUCUCAAAAACCAACAUAUACUACAACAGAAGAGGAGAAAAAAUCAUAUGCGUCGAAUAUAGCUCAAAACAAUAACAAACAUGAUAUCAUAUACAAUUUAUUAGAAAAAUAUAAUUCUUUUACAAAAGUAACACGAAUCGUAGCCUACAUAUUGAGGGCAUUUACUUUAAAGCGACAACGCUUACCAAGCUAUCUCACAUUACAGGAGUUGAGAAAAGCUAAAUUGGCUAUAAUAAAAUGUGUACAAAACAACGAAUUAGGAGAGGACAUUGAACACUUACGUACGCACAAUAAAGUUGAAACAAGAAGCAAACUUUUCACAUUGUACCCUUUCAUAGACAGCAACGAUAUCCUUCGAGUUGGAGGUCGCCUCGAAGAAGCGCAUUUACCUUACGAGAUGAAACAUCCAAAAAUCAUUCCCAAGGAAUCACGUCUUGCUACAUUACUCAUAGAACACGCCCACCUGAUGACACUUCACGGAGGUGCCAAGCUCACUUCAAGCAAGCUGCGAGAAGAGUACUGGGUGAUGGGCGGAAACAAUAGAGUCAAACAACAAGUUCGAAAAUGCGUCAAGUGCCAAAAAAUUGAUGGGAAAAAACAAUAUCAACUGAUGGGCGAUCUUCCUGCCGCCCGUGUUAACGAAGCAAAACCAUUUUUUCACACCGGAGUCGAUUACACAGGAUUUGUUGACAUAAAAACAAGCAAGGCGCGUGGAAGCAGAACGUUGAAAGGUUACGUUGCCGUUUUCAUCUGCAUGGUCACAAAAGCAGUACACUUAGAGCUUGUAACAGAACUAACAAGCUCAGCAUUCCUGGCAGCUCUAAGGAGGAUGGCCGCCAGAAAAGGAGCCCCAAAGCAUCUAUACUCUGAUCAAGGAACCAACUUCGUAGGCGCGAACAACAUUUUGAAACAACAGUGGAAUGAAAUUCAAAACACAUUCGACGAUAACUUCUUAGCAAAAAUCGCCGAAAUGGAAAUCGAGUGGCAUUUUAAUGCCCCGUCCUGGCCCAGCGCUGGCGGGCUCUGGGAAAGAGCAGUCAGAAGCCUCAAACACCAUUUAAAACGGGUAGUGGGUGAACAAAAACUUACUUACGAACAGUACGCAACAGUUUUGGCCCAACUGGAAGCUUGUCUAAAUUCCCGCCCACUAUGCCCCCUAACCGAAAACAUUGAUGACCUAAAUACACUGACCCCAGCUCACUUCUUACAAGGUAGAGCAGGAGUCACUAUAAUGGAAACAUACGAGGACGCACGCACGAAAUGGAAUUUGACACAAAAAAUAUUCAGUGAUAUUUGGAAAAGGUGGAGGUCUGAGUACUUAAGCCUACUUACAGCAAGACAGAAAUGGUGCGAUCCUCAGAAAAACCUAGAAAUAGGAGAUAUAGUGGUCAUACACGAAGAUAAUUUGCCGGCAGGAAAAUGGGCGCUAGGGCGAGUAAUCGACGUGCACGUGGGUCAAGACGGAUAUGUGAGAGUCGUAACAUUAAAAACAGAAAAGGGAAUACUCAAAAGACCCAUAGUAAAACUAUCUCUCUUGCCCCUGGAAAAGUCUAAACCAGAGAAUCAACCAGCCGAACAAAAUUCCCUGAAGCGAUCAAAAACAAAAAAAACAGCCAAACGGGGGUACAUGGCAACCAUGUUGAUGAUGCUAUUUUAUUUCCUCACAUUUUUGACAGCUGGAAAUUGUGUCAGAAUGACACCUAUUAACGAGGGUCAAGGGUUGUACUUCGAUAAACUAGGAACAAUGCAGCUAAUUAGAGACGACUGGAAGCUAAUUGCGUACUACGACAUGAGCCCUUUCUGGGAAGGAGUAUCCGCAUACAAAAAGUACAACGAACAAUUGGAAACUAUUUGUAAACAAGUAAGAAGCCUUUCACACUGUGACGUCAUCCUUCUACAACUACGGCAUUCAUACAAUGAGCUGCAACAUUACAAUAAAGUAUUAUCCAGACAUCAGCUGAAACAGCAGACACGCAAGAGACGGGGAUUUGUCAACGGUGUCGGGAACCUGGCGAAUACUUUAUUCGGAGUCUUAGAUGACAGAUUCGCUCAACAAUACCAUAAAGAUAUAAGUCUUAUCAGAACAAACGAAAAACACCUCGUCACAAUGUGGAAAAAUCAAACAUCAAUCGUAGAAGCCGAAUAUAACAUGCUACUGAGAACGAAAGAUACAAUACAAAAGCAACACAAAUUAAUACACCAACAUUUACUUUCUUUAGAAAACCACACCACUGCAAUAGAGAAAGAAAUUACAGCCGCAGAGAGCAUAUCUCAAUUUACAGUCGUGGCCAUGGCUGCAAAUAAUUUAUUAAACCACCUUAAAACAAUUCAAGACAUGUUAUUAGAGACCAUAACUAACAUUUACAAUGAUAAAAUGAACAUACAUAUUAUUAGCCCCGAGCAACUACAAAAAGAAUUAAACAUUAUAUCCGGUCAGCUUCUAAGCGACCUUACCCUACCAAUCGACAAUACACAAACAAACCUUCAAAAAAUCUACCAAGUAUUAAAAGUUAAAGCAAGAAUGACUGACCAAUAUAUGAUAUUUGAGAUUCGCAUUCCAUUAAUAACUCGUGAUCGUUACGAUCUUUAUGACAUUAUUCCGGUCCCGCAUAGCUCAGACAGAAAUAUGAUAUCCAUUAUCCCCAUAGAAAAAUACGUAGCAAUGAACCUUCAAAAAGACACAUACAUGCCAUUACAGGAAAAAGAUCUCGAAGUUUGUAACAUACGAGACACGUUUACCUAUAUGUGCCCGCUAAAGGUCCCUAUAUACAAAAUGAACACCGACCAGGAUUUGUGUAUAAAGGACGAAAAGGAGAAUUUAAAAUGCAAAACAAGCAUAGCCGCGUGCCAGAACAAGUGGAUUAGUUUAACCAAGCCAAAUUAUUACUUAUAUUUUUGUUGCGAUCGGUGUCAUUUUCGAACAAUAUGCACAGAUCGAGUUACGGCACAAACAUUGACACGCGCUAACAUUAUUUAUAUCGAAGAGAAUUGCAUUGUAAAAACAGAUAACUUUGCAAUUCACACGCAUAUGAAUAUGCAAAGUAAAGCAGAUUUAAAAUACAACAUACCUACACCAGAAAUCGACCCAAUAAACCACAUAUUAAACAUUACAGUCGAAAAAUUCGAAAACAACAGCUUGAACUUUAUGGAAAGAAACGAAGAUAAAAACAUACAAGAAAAAAUAAAAGCGCUAAAAGAAAGUCAACUACCUGACGAAAACAACUAUUCUAUACAUGAUGUACACCACUACACUGCCAUAUACUGCCUUUGGAUCACAAUGGUCAUCAUGGCAAUUAUACUAAUUUGGCGGAAAAAACGGUGCCAACGGAGGCUUCUAAGAGCUCCGCCAAACCCAACAAAUCCAGAGGAAGCAGCAGCAUCGGAUAACAUUUUCGAGAGACGCCGACCGAAUCAGCCGCCGCCGCCGCCGCCCCGAGCGAGCGCGAGCGCGAGUGCAGCCUCCACGCCGUGCAGUGCACGUCGCACCAGCACCGGUGACACAACCUUUAGGGAUGAUAAGUGUAGUGUGAGUGCGCGAAAUCGCGCGAAAAGUGUCAGUGAAGGAGAAAUAAAUAGUGCGCGAGUGCUAACAUGUUAUACACGCGAGAUGAGUGGAACGAAACAUAUGGACAGGGGAAGCUCCCCAAUUUUAAGGAACAUAUCAUUUAAUGAAUAACAUUCUAGUUUUAAGUCGAUUGUACAAUCACCUUGUAUCAUUAUUUUAACAUUCUCAUCUCAUCUUAUCGUUUGCCCCCCGCAAGAUGUUCGGUGCAUUGCACCUUCAACACGUUUAUAGCCUCGUGCGGCGCGUGCAUGCGCUGUCAGCAAAACACGCGUAAAGCAACAAUUUACUUUAACCCAUUUUUAGUGUACCUUUAGGUUCCAUCGCGGCCGGGGGCAUUCAUUUAACAUUCAUAACAUUAACAUUCAUAUAAUAACAAUUAAUAAACAUUUUCGCUACUUUC